AUGGAGCUAUUAUAUGCAUCAAAAGAUUCACAUUACUCGAUUUUCAAAGCAGCAAGAUUGUAUCGAAUGGAGCUACAAACUAUCAACACUUUAGUUAAUGGGGAAAUUGAUUAUGAAGAUUUACAAUCAAAGUUACUUGUCAACAAGAACAAACCAGCUAUCAUCAAUAUCAAUAUUGGAACAACCUUCAAAGGAGCGAUUGAUGACCUCGAUUUCGUCAUACAAACACUUGAAAAUUGUGGUUAUUCAAAUGACAAUUAUUAUAUCCAUUGCGAUGCAGCAUUAUGUGGGCUAAUUCUCCCCUUUAUCAAACAUGCAAAAAAAAUUACCUUCAAGAAGCCAAUUGGUAGUAUUUCGAUUUCAGGGCACAAAUUCUUGGGAUGUCCAAUGCCUUGUGGCAUUCAGAUAACAAGGAAAACUUAUGUUAGUACCCACUCAAAAAUUGAGUAUAUUAAUUCCACAGAUGCUACAAUUUCUGGUAGUCGAAAUGGAUUUACACCAAUAUUCUUAUGGUACUGUUUAAGCAAGAAAGGACAUGCUAGAUUGCAACAAGAUUCCAUAACAUGCAUUGAAAAUGCUCGGUAUUUGAAAGAUCGACUUCUUGAAGCAGGAAUUAGUGUUAUGCUGAAUGAGUUUAGUAUUACUGUUGUUUUUGAACGACCUUGUGACCAUAAAUUCGUUGGUCGUUGGAACUUGUGUUGCUUAAGAGGCAUGGCACAUGUUGUGGUUAUGCCAGGUAUUACAAGAGAAACUAUAGAUGGUUUCUUCAAAGAUCUAAUGCAAGAGAGGAAGAGGUGGUUUCAGGAUGGAAAAACUCAGCCUCCUUGUCUAGCAGAUGAGUUUGGCUCUCAAAAUUGUAUAUGCUCCCAUAACAAGAUGCAUAACUAAACUCCUUGGAACUAUGACUUGAAAUGGUCAUGAUUAUCAAGUAUGUUUUUUAUGCAACAGUGACUCAAUAAAAUUUAUGAUCUAAAUCCAUCUUCAGUUUCUAAUAAAUUUACAUGUAUACUUUCUUUGUUGUGCUUUUACACGCAAGUUACUCAAUAAAAUUUGUAAUGUAGAGUCAUUUAGAGUUUUCAAA